GCAAACAAGAAGUUAAAGUGAACAGGUAGGUAAUCAGGAAGGAGAGGAGAGGUUUGGUUAAAGAAAAGCCAGGGACAGCUUGGGAGAGAGGAAUUCGCUUGACACACAUUAUGCGCAAAAGGACACCUUUGCAAAGAUGUACGUGAGCUAUCUUUUGGAUAAGGACACCAGCAUGUACUCAAACACUGUAAGACACCCAGGCUUGAAUUUGAAUCACCAGAAUUUUGUUCCUGCGCCGCCUCAGUAUUCGGAUUUUGCCGGUUAUCACCACGUAACAGGAAUAAACGGUGACCCUCACCACAACCAGCCCGGUGGCACAUGGAAUCCAGCUUAUGCACCUGCCAGGGAAGACUGGCACUCUUAUGGACCAGGGGCAGCAACCUCCAGCUCUAACCCGGGGCAGAUUAGCUUUAGCCCCUCUGACUUUAACUCAGUGCAGCCCCCGGGCCCUGGGCUCCUUCCCCCUGCUAUCAACUCUUCAGUGGCUCCGCUCUCCCCGAAUGCACAAAGGAGGAACCCGUACGAAUGGAUGAGGCGCAAUGCUCCGCCAGUAUCUGCAGGAGGAAAAACCAGAACGAAAGAUAAAUACAGAGUGGUUUACACAGAUCACCAGCGACUGGAGCUAGAGAAGGAAUUCCACUUCAGCCGAUACAUCACCAUCAGGAGGAAGGCAGAGCUGGCUGCUACACUUGGGCUCUCUGAACGACAGGUAAAAAUUUGGUUCCAAAACAGACGAGCAAAGGAAAGGAAAGUGACUAAGAAGAAGAUGCAGCAGUCAGGGCAACAGGCCACCCCCACCCCGCCCGGAGUGGGAUCCACAGGGACAGUGGGCAUGGUCAGCAGCAGCAGCAGUGGUCUUGUCUCCCCCUCCAUACCAAUGACUAUCAAAGAAGAAUUCUUGUCUUAACAGCAAGCAUGAACCAGAAACUGAUAUCCACAGCGCAAUGACACCAUUCACAAGAAACCACCCUAGCGACUGUCAUAUGAGUUAACAAAAGAAAUCUUACUGCUACUGCUUGCUGCGCUUCCGUACACAAAUUAUAUAUAUUACUAUAGAACUCGCCAAGGCAGCCUGCUUUUACCACAUUGAUGAUCCCAUUGCUUCGCUUUUAAAUGUCAUACCGUUUUUAUACUGGCAUCCUAGGAAAGAAUCGGACACUGCAUUUGAUUAGAUACUCGUUGUUCUUUUUUUGUUUUGUUUUGUUCUAUGUUUAAAUAAUUUGUAUUAAAAGCUUUAUGUUAUGUUGCAUACUAAUGUUAUUAUUUGUGAAAAGGGAGUUUAGAGGCGGGGUAUCAUGGAAAGAUUUUUUAAAUAAAGCGCAAGGACUUUAUCCUCAAUAUCUUGUUUGUGCUGCGUUCUCAACAAAAUUAAUUAUUUAAUUUGAUGUUAUCGUCACUUAGUGUAAAUAAGUUUAAGUGGUGUACAAUCUACAGUGAAACAUCUGUUCAAUAAACAGUAGAUAACAGCAUUCACUGCAUUGUGUUCUUAAGAAAAAACUAUGGACUUAUAUUAUUAUAAUUAUAGUAACUUACUUUGGUCCAUUUAUAAGGUCUAUUUAUAGUCUGUAAAUAUGUUAUUUAAUGUUUGAACUGUUGAUUAAUAACACAGAUUAAUAGUUUAUUAAAGUAGCAUUUAAACAGAACAUUACCACUAUACAGUUGCAUGACAUGGAAGAGAUGAUAAAGUUUCUUUAUAAAUGCAUUAGUUACAUGUUUUCUUUACACUGUAAUUAACAGUCUAAUAUUGUUUAGAAAUCCUGGUAACACUUUACAUUAAGUGUCUCUAAUUACUAUGUAUUUACAUAGUAGUUAGUAAAUACAUGUGUACUUAAUCAACUAAAGAUUUUAUUUUUUUUUACAAUUUAAUCGUGCAGAAUGUAACUUUUUUAUAUGAAAUAAAAUCAAAGAUAAGGACUUGUAAGCAGGAGGUCCCCGGAUCAAAUCCCACCUCAGCCACUGACUCAUUGUGUGACCCUGAGCAAGUCACUUAACCUCCUUGUGCUCCGUCUUUCGGGUGAGACGUAAUUGUAAGUGACUCUGCAGCUGAUGCAUAGUUCACACACCCUAGUCUCUGUAAGUCGCCUUGGAUAAAGGCGUCUGCUAAAUAAACAAAUAAUAAUAAUAAUAAUAACCAAUUAAAGAUCUGCAUUUUCUCCAUGGCAGUCCAAUCAUAAGUGAGCGGAGGCGGGACAUAAACAGUUGAAGGUAUUCUCAUUAGUAAGCAGAG